UGGACAUCAUGGAAAUAAAGGAAAUCCGUCCAGGGAAGAACUCCAAGGACUUUGAGCGAGCCAAGACUGUCCGCCACAAGGGAGACUGCUGCUUCACCAUCCUCUACGGCACCCAGUUCGUCCUCAGCACGCUCAGUUUGGCAACUGACUCCAAGGAGGACGCAGUGAAGUGGCUCUCUGGCCUGAAGAUCCUGCACCAGGAAGCGAUGAGUGCGUCCACUCCCACCAUGAUUGAGAGUUGGCUGAGGAAGCAGAUUUACUCAGUAGAUCAAACCCGAAGAAACAGAGUUUGGGGAGCGGGAUGGUACAAGUCCUGUGGUAGAAAGGGUUCUGGGGUCGAUGGUGACCGAAUUCUCGGCAUGAUGGAGCUUCUGAUGGAGAGCUCCAGUCUAGCUGCAGAGGUGACAUUUGCCGUGUGUGCUGGAGGCCUCGUCACAAAGGAUGGAACACCUUCCAUGUCCUGGGAGCCUGGCAGGAAACAUGGUGACCACAGUGCCUGCAGUGUAUGA